AUGUUCAUACCCUUGAGUGAAGCAGACGAGAGUGGCUUUCAGGCGUGUCGACACGGAGAUGGAUGCGGCCAAGGUCCACCGGGCUUGAUCGGAAACAUCCCUGACAGUCCAUUAUUAGCCGCGUUGUGCACGUUUUGUGGAAUCUCCUGUCAGGCCCAACUGGUCGAGAUUGGUGCAAAGGCCAUCGAUUUCAAAGCCCGCUUUCGCUUCCGAAACGCAGCUGCUACAGCGAGUGCCGCUGCACAGCUCGUGGGUCAGCGUGGCGAGGUCAACGACAAACUUCGGGCUAUCUCAGAGGAAGCCCAACAGCUGGAAGACCAGAUGGCCUACACGACAGUCGGCAGUCCUUUUCGCUACCGUGUGCGGCUCAUCAAGCUCGCAGGCGAGGCCGAGCGCGCGGGCCAGCUGAUGGAGGCGCGGAUCCAGAAGCUGAAGGAGGCCCUGAGGAUGCUCAAGAAUGCUGGCGGAGAGUUCGUGGACGACAACUUGGAGCCCGAAGGUGAAGGUGAGGAAGGUGAGCAGUUGGAUGAGUCCACGCCGCUUCUGGCAGAAGUCCAAAGUGAUGCUGUCGAAGUGGGCGUGCAUGAGCACGAGAAUUAUCCCGACCAGGGCCAUGGCUGGCAAGAGCAGGGCCACUGGCCAGAGCAACAUGCACAACCUGGCCAAGCCGCGAUGUUUGGGCAGCCCGGGCAGAUGCCCCUGUCGAUGUUGGGCAUGGACCCCCAGAUGCAGAUGGGCCACCAGAUGGACCCCAGAUGGGUCCCCAGAUGGGUGCACCAGGGAUGGGGCUGCCUGGGUCAGGCAUGGACAUGCAGCCUGGGCCGCCAGGGAUGGCUGGACAUGAGCAUGGACAUUGGCAUGGGCUGCGCUCUCAGCAUCUCUGCAUGCAGGUCUCAUCUGGACCCAGUCGAGCAGGCUUCCGAGCAGAUGGCGGUGGGGGAGCGAAUGGAAGAGGCUGAGGAGGCGGCUAUGUCCGGGGUGACGGCAUCGAAGGAAGACGAAGAGGCCACUGCCAAAGAGAUGGAAGAUACCAUGGAGGACAAUACCUGGUCCAUCGAUGUGCUCCCCAUCCCUCAGCCAUCUGACGUAGAGCCACAGGAACCGGCGCCCGACGGCGUUCCACCGCUGCCGGUCGCGGAAACCUCAAGCGGCUGUCAGUGUGAUCCCACGGCCAAGUGUGCUCUUCAAGGCCAACCCUUCACCUGGUGCCGCGUUGGCAGCGAAGAGGAGCCCACCUGCGCAAAGCUGGAUGUGGCUGAAGACCCUACCGGCCGCGACCAUGCCUUGGGUGUGAAGGGAAGGCGGCAGCGCGGGGUUGCCACUCGUGUAAGAGUGCUUGUGAUGUCUCCCAACUCGCCUUGCGUAUGA